GUUGUUUACAGCUCUACUCUUGUAGGUAUUUUUCUAAUUUCUGUAUUGAAAAAUAAAUUUUACAUUAUAUGAUUGUAACUUAAUUUAUUUCCACAAUCCGAACCCUUAUCUUCAAUCCCCUAUUUAAAAAAUUUAAAUUAAUGGCAAGACUGUAUAAAAUUUACCGAUUAAUAUAAAAAAUAUGAGUUCUGAAGAAGAUAACGAAAGUUUUGAUGAGGAUAGUAUUGAAAGGGAUUCCAUUAGAAAAGAAUUAUCCUCAAUGUCAUUUGAAGAUCUACAAAAGCUGAAGGAAAAAAUUGGAGCUAAAGUAUACAAGGAAGUUGUAUUUGGUAAUAGUAAUGUGGAAAAUAAACAAAAAAUUUUUAAAAGGGAAAAUAAAAACAGACCACGUGAAGUAAGUGCCAAAAAGCCUGUACGAAUGCAAUUAGACAUUGCACCUGUGAAGAAAAAAGAAGCACGAGAUCCAAGAUUUGACCCACUUUGUGGAGAAUUUAACAAAAAGCAAUUUUCACAAGACUAUGGUUUCUUAUCUGAUGUCCGAAUAAAUGAUAUAAAGGCAAUAAAAACAGAAUUAAGGCAAACAAAAGAUCUAGAGAAAGAAUUAAAACUGAGAAGGCUGCUUCAAAGGCUUAAAGAUCAGGAUAGAGCUAGUAAGAAAGAUAAGACAGAAAGAGAGAGAAAACAGAAGGAAAUUGAAACUGUUGAAGACGAAUUUAAGCAAGGAAGGCAACCACACUUUAAAAACAAAUCUGAAAUGCGAGUUGAGUCCCUAGUGAAGCAGUAUGAAGAUCUGAAGAGGAAAGGAACCGGCAGGGUACAAAGACAUCUGAAGAGACGACAACAGAAGAUAAAGAAGAAAUCUACUAGGACACCAGCAGUUGGAAUUGAUUAAAAAAAGUAUUGUAAUAAAUUGUUGUUAAACUUUUAACUUUUAUUAAAUUUAUUUAACAAAGGAAA